GGGCAGUCAAAUUUGCGCGGGUUGGGGCCUGGCGUAGUCAUGGCCGCCUUCCGCGACAUAGAGGAGGUGAGCCAGGGGCUGCUCAGCCUGCUGGGCGCCAACCGCGCGGAGGCGCAGCAGCGACGGCUGCUGGGGCGCCACGAGCAGGUGGUGGAGCGGCUGCUGGAAACGCAAGACGGUGCCGAGAAGCAGCUGCGAGAGAUCCUCACCAUGGAGAAGGAAGUGGCCCAGAGCCUUCUCAACUCGAAGGAGCAGGUGCACCAGGGAGUCAUGGCGCUGCAGCAGCUGGAAGCCGCGCUUCAGGAGGCUGGGGAGGAGGACACCCGUCUGAAGGCCAGCCUCCUUCAGCUCACCAGAGAGCUGGAAGAGCUCAAGGAGAUUGAGGUGGAUCUGGAGCGACAGGAGAAGGAGGUCGACGAGGACACGACAGUCACAAUCCCCUCGGCCGUGUACGUGGCUCAACUUUACCACCAAGUUAGUAAAAUUGAGUGGGAUUAUGAGUGUGAGCCAGGGAUGAUCAAAGGCAUCCAUCACGGCCCCAGUGUGGCCCAGCCCAUCCACCUGGACAGCACCCAGCUCUCCAGGAAGUUCAUCAGCGACUACCUCUGGAGCCUGGUGGAUACCGAGUGGUAGCCACGAGCCUCGUGGCUGCGUCUUGCACCCAGUGGGCAUCUACCGUGGUCGGAUCCGUUUCAAAUGAAAUGUGUGGACAUAGUUUUAUUUUUUAUUUUAUUUUAUUUUUUUCGAGACAGAGUUUCACUCUUGUUGCCCAGGCUGGAGUGCAAUGGCACGAUCUCAGCUCACAGCAACCUCUGCCUCCUGGGUUCAAGCAAUUCUCCUGCCUCAGCCUCCCAAGUAGCUGGGAUUACAGGCACGCGCCACCAUGCCCGGCUAAUUUUUUGUAUUUAGUAGAGAUGGAGUUUCACCAUGGUGGUUAGGCUGGUCUUGAACUCCUGACCUCAGGUGAUCCACCCGCCCGCUUCAGCCUCCCAAAGUGCUGGGAUUACAAGCAUGAGCCACCGUGCCCAGCUAGACUUCUUCCUUUUUUUUUUUUUUUUGAGACGGAGUCUCACUCAGUCGCCCAGGCUAGAGUGCAGUGGCGCGAUCUCAGCUCACUGCAAGCUCCACCUCCUCCCAGGUUCACACCAUUCUCCUGCCUCAGCCUCCUGAGUAGCUGAGACUACAGGCACCUGCCACCACGCCCGGCUACUUUUUUGUAUUUUUAGUAGAGACAGAGUUUCACCAUGUUAGCCAGGAUGGUCUCGAUCUCCUGAGUUUGUGAUCCACCCGCCUUGGCCUCCCAAAGUGCUGGGAUUACAGGCGUGAGCCACUGCGCCCGGCCUUUUUUUUUUUUUUUUUUUUUUUUAUUGGAUUUGUUUUUCUCCUGAUUUCGGCCUCAGCUCCUAGAGUGGCCUCAGCUAGGUAACCAACGGGAGUCAACUUAUCUAUGCCAGACCUGCAAUUUCAGAUCUGUGACAGGAUGGGACAAAUGACACCGUGGUAUUCAAUGACAGCUCCCAGAUAUUUCAAGGUUGGCCCUUAUUCAUUCAGGGGGUAUGUUUGAGUGCCACAGUGUGCCCAGACUCUGCUAGGCACUAGAGAGACAAGAUACGAGUGACGUGGAUCUCCUCCCACUGCUGACGGUGGAACCAACACAGAAGCAGACAAGACUCUAGAACCAGAGAGAGGUCCAGAUUGCGACAGGAGCCACACCAGAGUGUGCAGGCUUCAUGGAGGACAGAAGCGACUUUUGUGCCAGGACUUAAAAAGAUAAGGAGGCCAGGUGUGGUGGCUCAUGCCUGCAAUCCUAGCACUGUAGGAGGCAGAGGCGGGCAGAUCACUUGAGCCCAGGAGUUGGAGACCAGCCUGGGGAACAUGGCAAGACCCCAUCUGUACAAAAAAAUUAAAAAAUUUGGCCUGGCA